AUGAAUGCACAGAAAGUCUAUCCGAAAGACUCUUUGGACAGAUUUGGUGAUGAUUUAUAUGAACUCCUAUUGAGUUACCUAUCAUUUAAGGACCGAUUCCGAUGUGAAUGUGUGUCCAAACAGUCCAAGAGAUGUAUAUUCACGACACAAUCGGAACUCAUAAUAACGCCUAAACUAUACACUCAACUAAAAAUGUUUGUAAAAUAUAUGGGAACGCGUACACAUUGGAGUGUAUUGGACGUAACACUUGAAAAGUGCCAAAACAUUGCAUACAUUGAAUGCAAUGAUAAAAAACUGACGGCAGAUAUGUUGGACUCAAUUGUCGACCACUGCCACCGAUUGACGGCUAUUAACGUCAGACUUGACCGCAAAUUAAGUGUCGAUAGAAUCGACAGGUUUUUCGCGAAGUUUGCCAAACAGUUGACACGAAUAGAGUUGAGAGAAAUGCCAAAGUUUUUGACUUCAAAUCUCAAGUCAUAUGAGAAUUGGUGCCCAAACUUAAGGCAAUUAAUUAAUUGUAUCCCUGGUUUCGAGGGCUAUCAGCCCAUCGAGUAUUUAUUUACUGAUAGCACCGGUUGUAUGGAAGGCAAAAUGCCCAGGUUGAAACUAUAUCGCCUACAGUAUCGUAAAAUAGGCUCCGAAUAUGUGGACACAUUUGUCGCGUGUUUUAAACACACUUUGAAGUCAUUAUACGUUUGGAUUGAUAGGGACUGCGACCAGAAGUCGUUUAAUAGACUAAUCGCUGGUUUGUCGCAAAUGUGGGCAUUAAAUGAGUUAAUCCUUUGGUGCUAUCAAUGCGAUGGAGAUUUGGUGGCAUCACUACCGCAACAUUUGCCGCAAUUAUCUCAUGGGUUGCCUAAACUUAAAAGCCUUGAAUUGUUUUAUUACGAGUCGGACGAGGGGGUGGACACUAAAAUGAGACAAAGUAUUAGGAAAUGCAUGAAACGUGUGGAGCGAAAACAAAAGUUUCAGGAUAAGCGAGGAAUGGCCGCAAGAAGUAGUCAUACAAUGAAUGCACAGAAAGUCUAUCCGAAAGACUCUUUGGACAGAUUUGGUGAUGAUUUAUAUGAACUCCUAUUGAGUUACCUAUCAUUUGAGGACCGAUUCAGAUAUGAAUGUCUGUCCAAACAGUCCAAGAGAUGUAUAUUCACGACACAAUCGGAACUCAUAAUAACGCGUGAACUAUACCCUCAACUAGAACUGUCUGUAGAGCCUAUGAGAACGCAUACAUUGGAACUCAUAAUAACGCCCGAACUAUACACUGAACUAAAAAUGUCUGUAAAGUGUCUGGGAAGUCUAGCAAGGCACGGGAGUGUAUUGGACGUAACACUUGAAAAGUGCCAAAACAUUGCAUACAUUGAAUGCAAUGAUAAAAAACUGACGGAAGAUAUGGUGGACUCAAUCGUCAAACACUGCCACCGAUUGACGGCUAUUAACGUCAGACUUCACGACACAUUAAGUGUCAAAAUAAUUGACAAAUUUUUUGAUAAGUUUGCCAAACAGUUGACACGAAUAGAGUUGAGAAAUUUGCCACAGCGCAUAGAGUACUUAUUUGCUGAUAGCACCGGUAGUGCUGAAGUCAAAAUGCCCAGGUUGAGUCUAUAUCUCCUAAAGUAUCAUAAAAUAGACUACGAAUAUGUGGACACAUUUGUCGCGUGUUUUAAACACACUUUGAAGUCAUUAAACGUUUGGAUCGAUCGGGACUGCGACCGGAAGUCGUUUAAUAGACUAAUCGCUGGUUUGUCGCAAAUGUGGGCAUUAAAUGAGUUAAUCCUUCGGUGCUAUCAAUGCGAUGCAGAUUUGGUGGCAUCACUACCGCAACAUUUGCCGCAACUGUCUCAUGGGUUGCCUAAACUUAAAUGUUUUGAAUUGGUUUAUAAUUAUCAUGAGACGGACCCGGGAGUGGACACUAAAAUCAGGCAAAUCAUUUGA